AUGAUGCGCAGAGCAGCCCUUGUUGCAGUGCUACUCGUCGCGCGCGCAUGUGCACGCCAGCCGUCGCAGCGAUGCACCAAAGUCCGCGCGCUGCAACCCUCGCAGCGAUGCCGCAAAAUUCACGCCGGCGGCGCGAACAACGCGUUUAGCGACUGGCAGCGGUCGUUUCGACGGGAUGCACCGAUCACGUACGCGCUGGCGGCUUCGCAUCUCCUGACGUUCGUCGCGUCGACGCGGCCCAAGUUACGUCAUUCCAUCGUCGGGCACGCCGUGUGCUGCCGCCGCGCCUUACAGAUGCGACGAUUCCACGCUCUCGCGGCGCACGCUAUUGUUACAGGGACGCCGUCCCAGCUGGGGUUCGGUCUACUGGCACUCUAUCUCGUGGCGAAGCCGGUGGAGACUUCCGCGGGGUCACAACGGUUCGCACGCUUCGCGUUGGCGAGUAUUAUUGCAGGCGGCUGCGCGACGGCGGUAUCACAAUCCCUCGGCGCGUCAGGAGGCGUGACGGGCUCGGGCGCGCUCGUCUACGCCUGCGGCUGCGUCUUCAUCCUGAAGAACCCGACAUCGCCGGUGCACCUCUUCUACGUCGCGCGGCCGUUUCAGGCGUCGCACGUCGGGGCUGCCCUCGUCGCGUGGGACUCGUUGAUGGCCGUCUGCGGCCACCCGGGCUCCGCGGCACACCUCGGCGGCGCGCUAGCCGGAUGGGUCUUCCAUCGAUACGGCCUGCUCGCGCCGCGCUCGCGCUUUUCCGUGCGGCACUACUCGCACCAACAGGUCCGGCCGCCGCCGAGCUCAGUGGUCCAGCCCCUUCCGCCUGCGCCCGACGCGGCGACGGCGGGGGGGUUGUUCGAACCGCAAACGUAA